AAACAGUUAUCAAAAUGGCAUCCAAAUACUUAUAAAAAUAUCCAGUACCAGAGGGUUUCCAUUAAAUAUUACAUGAUUUUGCAAGAGAAGUAUUAAGAGAUUAGCCAGAUGAUAUAAUUAAGUAUGGUGCUGAUUAUUUUGAAUGUAUGACAUAAGGAAAAGAAUUUAAAUUUGAAAGCAAAUACAAUAUAGCAAAAGGAGAAGCUCCCGCAAGAGUACACAAGCCACCUAAACCUUCAAAUAUGACAGAGAAGGCUAAGAUAGUGGUUGAGAUGUCAAACAACAGACCUGAUAGUCAACAAGUGAAAAGAGUAGGAUCUGGCAAUCCAAAUAAUGUCUCACAUGUCAGUUCUUAAGGGAGCUUUCCUGAAGAGAAGAAAGCUGCAAAGGAAUAUGUGAAUAAUCUGUACGAUAAGGUCACAAAGGAUAUUGAUGAAUUUGAGAAUCCAAUUGUGGAGCAAACGGAGGAAUUGCCAAAAUUAACUAGUUUUGAUGAUAGAGAUAUGCAAAAUAUUAUCAAGAUUUAAGCAGCAGCUAAAGGAAAAAUAGUUCGAAAUUAAGUGAAUAAGAAUUAAAAGAAAUCAAAAGAAGAAGACUUAAAACUGAAAGAAAAGAUAAUUGAUGAAUAAGAACAAGAAUAAGAAUAAUAAUAUGAAUAAUAAUAAGAAUAAGAAUAAUAGAUGAAUGAACAAUAAGAAUAAUAGAUGAAUGAACAAUAAGAACAAUAGAUGAUUGAACAAUAAGAACAAUAAAUGAUUGAACAAUAAGAAGAAUGGAUUGCUGAGCAAUAAGAAGCAUAGAUGAUUGAGAAAUAAGAAUUAUAAGAAGAUGGAGACCAAUAAAAGAAUGAAGAAGAUAACUAAACAGGUUAAGUUGAAGAGGCUAGCAUCCUUGAGACCCAAGAAGUUAACAAAAAUUUUAAUCAACAUCAGGAAUUUGGUUAAGAAGAGGAAUGAUCGAAUAAUAAUAAUAUAUAUAUAAAUAGAUAAGAU